GAGACAGUUUCUGCACAUCGGAGUUGCUGGCGGCGCAGAAUAAAUCUCCUGCAACAAAUUACGUGCAUAGCAGAGUAGUCCACAUGUGUGAAAAAGCUUAUAUACUCUCCCACGAAGCGCGUCCCACGUAUGACGAAAGACACUAGGUCUAACUAAGAUUUUUGUGAACCACUCCAUCUAUCUCUAUUCCUACUUCCAUCUCUGCCUCGCACGUACGUACACCUAACAACCACAAGACAACAACAACAACAACACCCACAACACAACACAAUGCCACCACCACCACCGCCCUCAAUCCCCGCCUUCGCAGCCGCCCAACUCUCCCUCCUCGACGCCGAGCUCAAGGCCGAAACGGCCGAGACCAGCCUCCUAGUCUCGCAAUCCUCCCCCACCACUCUCCAACGCGCAGGCCUCGCAGUCCUAAACCUCCAAGUCGCGUCGCAGCGCACCGGCUUCGGCGGCAAGACAGUCGUCGAACUCGAACUUGACGCCGCGGUGGGCGGGGGAGAUAUCCCGGAGCAUGGGCUGCGCACGGGAGACAUCGUGGCGGUGCAGGAGCAGCCUGCGGGCAGUGCCAGGAAGACUGAGAAGACGGAGUUGAGGAAGAGAGGGGUGGAGGGGGUGGUGCUGAAGGUGACGAGUGGGGUUAUUGGGGUUGCGCUGGAUAAGGAUGAGGCGGAUGUGCCUUUGGGGAAGCUAUGGCUGAUUAAGCUGGCCAACGAUGUCACGUAUAGGAGCAGUAGGAUGAACCAGACGAUGAAGACGCUGCAGGAUAUGAAAGAGUCGGAACAGUCGCCUUUCAUCCAAGUCCUGUUCGGUCAGGGCACACCGUCACCCGUGGACGUCGAGCUCGACAGAUUGAGUCUCAAGGACGACGAGUGGAUCGAUCCAUCCCUAAACGACUCCCAGAAAGACGCAAUCAGGUUCGCCCUGGCAGCAAAAGAAGUAGCGCUGAUCCACGGCCCGCCCGGAACAGGCAAGACACACACGCUGAUCGAGCUGAUUCUGCAAAUGCUCAAGCGGAACCAGCGCGUGCUCGUCUGCGGCCCGUCCAACAUCUCGGUCGACAACAUCGUCGACCGCCUCGCGCCACACAAACAGCCCAUCGUGCGGCUCGGCCACCCAGCAAGACUGCUCCCCUCCGUCCUCAACCACUCCCUCGAGAUCCUGACCAAGACAUCCGACGCCGCCGGCAUCGUGCAGGACGUCCGGAGAGAGCUCGAUGCCAAACAGGCCAGCAUCCGCAAGACCAGAAGCGGCAAGGAGCGACGGGCCAUCUACGGCGAGAUGAAGGAGCUGCGCAAGGAGUACCGGGAGCGAGAGCGCGGCUGCGUGGCCGAGCUGAUCCGCGGCAGCAGGGUUGUUCUCGCGACGCUGCACGGGGCAGGCGGCUUCCACCUGAAGAACGAAAGGUUUGACUGCGUCGUCAUCGACGAGGCCAGCCAGGCGCUCGAGGCACAAUGCUGGAUUCCGCUGCUGUCGGCCAGCAAAGCGGUGCUGGCAGGUGAUCACCUCCAGCUACCGCCGACGAUCAAAUCGCUGAAUUCCAAGGUCAGGGGCAGUAGUACGAGCAGUAGUAGUAAUAACAGCAAGGGCACGAGGAUGAGUCUGGAAACGACACUAUUCGAUCGGCUGUUGGCGCUGCAUGGGGCGUCGAUCAAGCGGAUGCUGACGACGCAGUACCGGAUGCACGAGAAGAUUAUGAGAUUCCCAUCCGCGGAGCUGUACGAGGACAAGCUGACAGCCGCGGCGGCGGUGAAAGAGAGACUGCUCCGGGAGCUGGGGUAUGGGGUGCAGGACAGCGACGAGACGCGCGAGGCACUGGUGUUUUGGGACACGCAAGGAGGGGACUUUCCGGAGCGCAGCGAGGAUGACAACAACAACAACGGCGAUGCAGCAGGUAAGACGACGACGACGACAGGUAAUAAGAUGGGGAUGGGGCUGCGCGAGAGCAAAAGCAACGAGGCAGAGGCGGGGUUGGUCAAGACGCAUGUCCACCGACUGGUCGCGGCAGGCGUGAAAGCAGAGGAUAUUGCAGUGAUUACGCCGUACAAUGCACAGCUCUCGAUUCUCUCGCAGCUGCUCAAGGAAGCAUUCCCCGGCAUCGAGCUCGGCAGCGUGGACGGAUUCCAGGGCCGGGAGAAGGAAGCGGUGAUAGUCAGCCUCGUGCGGUCGAACGCGGAGCACGAGGUGGGAUUCCUGGGCGAGCGACGGCGGCUGAACGUGGCCAUGACGAGGCCGAAGCGACAUCUGGCAAUCAUAGGAGAUUCCGAGACAGUUGGCCGGGGCAGCGAGUUUCUCAACAAGUGGAUGUUGUUCCUGGAAGAGCAGGCGGACCUGCGAUACGCGACGAUGGAGGACGUGUUUGACGAGGGGACGGCGGCGAUGGCAGCAGCCGCCAAGGACGCGCAAUGAUGAUUACAGAUGACAGUAGCAAUUGGAGGCGUGGAUGGGAGUUUGGUAGUGCAGGUACCAGUGCCAGUGCCAGUGCCAGUGCCAGACUGCUAGUGCCAGUACCAGGUACGAAGAGUAGAGUAGAGUAGUAGGUAGUAUAAGCCAUCAAGCCUCGCAGACGGCACGCGCGCCAGAGCAGCAAGCAGCAAGC